AUGCAUAUCAUUUUGCCAACAGAGGAGCAGAAGAUAGGUGAACCAUGUUUGGUUGUGUGCCAAAGGUGUCUGCUAGCACAUGACACUUGCUGCGGGGUCAUUCAGCAAGUUAAAUACAGGCUAGUUGUAGAUGUUGGAGAAGAGAUCUACUCGGAAUCACGCGUCUUGUCUGGAUUAAGACAGAAUCCUGCAAGAAUAGCUCGUGGCCUCCAGGGGCGCACGAAAGAACCCUUGAGAAGGGGUUUGGCCGCCGGCGUUGCCUCACCCCUCCUCGCCUCGUCUCUAUGGCGACUCGAUGACUUAGCAACGCCAGGAACUCAGGAGUGCGAUCAAACAUGCAGCCCCAGUUGUGGGAGCCUGGGGGAGGAAGAGAAGGUCUUGACCUCCCUGCAGGCCUCUGCCUCGGGGAGCCAAGACAGAAAAGCCGCAGAUAAAUCUGCUUCAGGAAGAGAUGGUCAAGUCCAGCCACAAUCACCAUUAAAACUCCUACAACAGCAGCUGGAAUCAUUUCAAGCCCUUCGACAACAAACUUUGCAGAAUGUAAGCAUGGUUCAAUCUGAAAUCAACGAGAUACUUAAUAAAAAUAUAACUGAUAUGAAAAGUCUAGAAUCUAAUCCAGACAGUUUACUUUUGACCAGCACACCUAUCAACGUUACUAUGCCAAGAAGGUAUCAAGAGCCAUUGCAGUUUAAGAAGCAACUUCAUCUUGGUAACAGGUCAGGUGCCAGUCAAUGUCCAGAAACCAGUUUCAAAACUGUAUUUGGAAACCCAGCCGCAGCGGAACACAUUCUGGAUCCAAUUUUAUUAAAAUAUAAAGCAACUGAAAACCAGGCCCAAACAUCUAAAAAUAAAGCUAUUUUGCCUUUAAAUAAUGACCCAAAAUUGAAGAAUUCUGCCAACAAAGUUCCCCCCCAAUCUUUUGUUGGUUUGGAAGCAGAGGAGAUGACUCCUUCAAGGAAGAUCAAAAAUCAUAAUGAACCUAAAGUCUUCAUGGCAUUCCAUGAGGAGGAGGAGGAACGGUUGACCGAGAGUGUGAGUUCUUUCAAGCAUGUACAAGAGGAGGGCAAAAAGACUUCUAAGCAUGAACUAUCAUAUACCUUUGAAUUUCAAAACUCUCCUAAUGUAUUGAGUGGUAAAGACAAUGAUUCUGGUUACCUGUCAGAACAGGAUCUAACCGAAAAAGGAAUGUCAAAUGAAGAUCUUAAAUCCAGGGGAAUUUCAGAACUUGAGGAUUCAGAUGAGUUGCAUAUUGCCAUGGUUUCUUCUAAAGAAGAUAAUCAAAGUGCAGCACCAACAGCAUAUGAUAGCAAGCUGCAAUUACAUUUCUUGGCCAAAGGGAUAAAAGAUCAAUUGCUAUUUCCAGAACACGCAGAAGAAAAAAAGAUCAACCCACAAAGGCAGCUGUUUAGCACAAACCAAGAGUUCAGAAAAUGUCAGGAAUUCUGUGAUCCUGGGUCUGAUGACUAUACUAAAAAUGUUAGAUGGUUACAAAUGUCUGAAAAAGAAUCUGAACACGUUCGUAAAAAAGUGAUGAACCUUGAACAUGAAAAUGUAGAUCUUAGGAACCAAACGAAACCUCUUGCUGACAUCAUACAGUCUCUGACAGAGCAAAACUCAAAAUAUCAGAAACAACUGAAGGAUUUACAUGAUGAGAAGAAUUGCCUUCAAGGGAGGCUAGUUAAAUCUGAUGGAGACUGCAAGGAAUGCCUUAAAGAAGUGAAAAGACUAGUGAAGAAAUGUAAGGAAGUUCAACAGCAAAAGGCAGCCCUGGAAGAAAAGCAGGAUCAGCUUUAUGCUCAAAACCAACGUAUGCUGCGCGAGGUAAAUGAUUUACAAAAGAAAGACCAGAAAGCACAGGAAAGUUUGAUUUCUAUCACACACACAAAAGGCGAUCUUAUUGUGGCCUUACAAUCUUUGGAAAAGCAAGUUGCAACACUUCAAGAAGAAAAUAAGAAGUAUGGGGGGAAAAUAUGUCAGCUUACAGACAACAAGAGUUUGCUGGAAAAGGAGCUUGGAGAAAAACAGAAUGAAAUGCAAAAAUUGAAGGAAAAUGAGAAGACUGCAUUAUCUGAUCUGGAGACUCUCCUUAGGGUGAUGCAGUCACUUAAAGAUGAAAAAUUGAAUCUUGAUAAGACAUUGCAGGAGGCACUCAGUACAAAAGAAGUCCUGCAGAAGGAGUUCAGAGAGGCCCAGUCAGGCAGAGCUAAUGCUGAGGAAAAACUUCUGAUUGAAUGUAAAAGUACACAAAUAGAAAUUGGAGUUUUGAAAACUAAUUUAUCUAACAUGGAAAGAGAGUGUGAGAGGUUGAGAACGGUAGUAGCAGACAUGACAGAGGACAACUGGAUUCUUAAAAAGGAGCUGCAUGGAUCUAAACAGGAGGCCUCUGAGUGCAAAAAUAAAAUAAGACAGCUGAGUGAGGAGCUCUUACUGAUGGAGAAUGAAAUGCGUUCUACAAUGAAUGAAAGAGAUGUGUUGCAGUUUGAAGCACGUCGUCUCCAGAGGAAUAAUGCUAACCUCAAGGACCAGAUUACCACUUUGGUCAAUCAACAGUAUAAGCAAAGGUACAAUUCCGGAAGCCAGAAGCAAAACAAUCAAUCUGCAGAUCCCAGUGAAAUCUGUGAAGAAAUAUCUAGUUACCAGCAUAUUUCUUUAAUACACAACUCACCAGAGAGUGGAAAGAUUGCUGAAAUCCGAAAGAAACUGGAAGAGGAGGAACUCUAUACAGAAAAGUGGCACAACACCACCAAGAAGCUCUACAGUGCUUUUUCAGUCAGCUGCACCACAUCUGUCAUAAGAGAGUCGGGUUUUCCAACUGCUGUGCGGAAGAAAUAUAGCACUCUUUGCUCCGCUACUUAGUGCUUUAAGGGUUCAGCACACGGAAGCUAAGGACUAAUGUAUUUUCUGAUCACUCUGCUCAUGAAAGACAACAAAGAGCAGAACAAUCAGAAAUUCAAGAACUAUGAAAGAAAUUAGCCUGAGGUUGGGGAUGAGAAAGAGAUCUGAACUGCACACAUAUCUAACAUUUAUUUAUGGUUACUUUUUAUACUAUCCCUUUCCCCCAUUUGUUUUAGCUAGAGUUUCUCUUGAAGAAUGGAACAUCUGAUACUGUUUUGAGUUAUACUUCUAUACUACUUCAAUUCUAAGAAAUGUAAUCAUCUGGGCUUUAUUGACAUAAUUGUUCACUGAAUAAAAAGGAGGCAAACUUGAAAUAAAGACCAUUUCUGAUAAAAUGUAAAACUUGAGUAUUGUACACAAACUAAAUUUAAAAAUCAAAUUUAGAAUGUUGGGAAGAGUAGAUUUUAUUUUUUGUUUUGCUACACUUUUACAACUAAAUGUUUCAAACGCCAUUUUAUAGUUGGUAGAGAAAAACAAAUCUAAAGCAGAAGUUAAAGAUAUCUUGCAGGAAACUGUAGUACUAGGACCAUCAUCCAAUUAAAGAAA